AUGGACGUCAACAAGUGUCAAGCAUCGGAUGUUAGACUGCCUGCCAUGUCGUUGAUCGAACGGCUGUCAGAAGAUCUUCUCGCCACUAUCCUUCACCUCGUUGGCCGACCUGACGGUCAGUUCCAACACGCGCUUGUGUGCAAGAAAUGGUAUCGCGUCGCCCAUCUCGUGCACGACCAAAUCCAGAUUCGCAAAAUCCGUCGCAUGCGUCCCCACGAGCUGCUCGCGCACCUCUCGUCAUUCCCAAGGCUGCGAAAGCUCGUCCUCGCCGAGGGCAGUCUCUCGUCCGUCCCUGACUCCCUCCUCUCGCGGAUAGCCGACUCGUGUCCAGAUCUGACGGACCUCCACGUCGAUUCGAUGGAACGGCUGUUCAGACGCGGGGGCUUUACGGAGAGAGGACUUUCUUAUCUUCUUGAGAGAUGCACUCGGCUGGAGAGCCUUCGGCUUCAUUGUCAGUCGAACCUAACCGCCAUUCCUUCGUCAAUCGGCGGCCUUGUUUCUCUUAAGAGCCUCCGGAUCGACGGCGGCUCUCGCCUCCCAGACGCGUUCACCUCGUUACAAGCACUAGCGCAUCUCGAGAUUGAAAUGUACGGCCUGGAUGAGUUGUCUCAGGAUUUCGGCAACCUGAGGCUGUUGAAAUCGCUCCACCUGAACAACUGCAUGCGUCUCAGAUUCAUUCCCGAUUCUUUCGGGCAGCUUACCAACUUGACGCAUCUUUCCAUCCGCAGCUCCGGAAGUCUUCAGCUGCCCGAAUCCAUCUCCAACCUCUCAUCGCUGCUGACAUUCGAGAUCUCGACCUGCGAAGACCUUGCACCGCUGCCCGAGAGGUUUGGAAACCUGUCGGCGCUUGAAACCCUACGACUGGAGGAGGUGGGGGGGAUUACCGACCUGCCCGCGAGUCUUGGAAACCUGCAGCGGUUGCGGCUCCUCUCUGUGAUCAACUGCUGCGACAUUCACUCCUUGCCUGACUCCCUCUCGCAUCUGACGUCCCUCACGGACCUCAUACUGCUCGACCUGACGCUCGACCGCCUACCUCACGGCGUUGGUCAACUGCCAUGCCUGAGCAUGCUCAACCUUGACGUUGGCGAUCUCUUUCUCCUUCCGCCCUCCGCAUGCCUUGCCGCCAGUCUCAAAGAGCUCUCUCUUGAGAAUUCUAGUGCGCUACGUUCACUGCCCGAGGAGUUCGGGCAGCUGACUGCCUUGGAGUCCCUGGGCUUGGGUAAGCUUUCGCAGCUCGCCAGCCUGCCCGCAUCGUUUGGCAACCUGACGAGCCUUGCGGAGCUGGAAAUAGUGAACUGCAGCCUGCUGACGCAGCUUCCAGACUCCCUCACUCGGCUAUCUUCCCUUGAACUUCUGGAAAUCAGAUACUGCUGCAACCUGACGGAGUUACCACAGGGCAUGGGGGAUGGUCUGCGCAGCCUGCGCGAACUGAAACUGGUCGAGUGCACGGCUCUCACACUCCUCCCUCCAUCCCUCUCAAACCUCUCCUCUCUAGAAACCCUCGAAAUCCGUGAUGCACUUAACUUACACGGCACCCUGCCAGGCGGUUUUGCACGCUCCACAAGCCUCAAGAAGCUUGCUCUCUCCUUCCUGCCGCACCUGCCCGCCUCCCUCCCUGCCAUCGCCCGCACUCUCACCAGCCUCGAGCUGCUCAGCUGCAAUCAAAUCACGGCGCUGCCAGAGGAGAUCGGACACCUGGGAGCGCUCGAGAAGCUGAGGCUCUCAAAGCUACCCGACCUGAAGUCGCUCCCUCGCUCGCUAUGUCGGCUGCAGCGGUUGAAAUUUUUGGAAGUGAAUUCGUGCAGUGCGCUGCAGACGCUGUUUGGAGAUGAGCACCUGGGAACGGCCGGGCAUGACCUUGGGGGGAGAAUCACCUGCCUCAGCUUGGGGGGAGAAGCAUCCAGUAGUUUCAGCUGCAGGGGAACCGAGGAGACUGGCGAAUCUGUGUUCUUUCCAUCCCUGGAGGUUCUUAAGCUUGCGGCUCUUCCACUGCAGCUGCUCGGUCCGUCGCUGGGCUCCUUCCCAUCGCUGACCAAGCUGGAAAUCCUCGAAAUGCAUCGGCUCGUCUCGUUCCCGGACUCCAUCUCCCGCCUCUCUCGCUUGCAGUCACUUACAGUAUGCGAUGCCAAAAGCCUGCUAUCUCUGCCUGAGACACUAGGGAGGUUGUCGGCGCUCACAUCCCUUCAGCUCGACAAUCUUCUGAGCUUGACUGAGCUGCCCGAGUCGUUCGGGCAGCUGAAGAUGCUCCAAUAUUUGAGACUAUAUGGCAGCCCAGUCCUUGCCAGACUUCCCGACUCCUUCCCCAAUCUCUGCAGACUUGAGGUGUGCCGUUUUUCCAACAUCGGGAUCUCAUGCCUUCCUAAUGACUUCUGCAAGCUCUCUUCUCUGGAAGAGUUGAGCCUGCGUGAGUGCGGGCAGCUGGCUCGGUUACCCACGGGUUUGCAGCAGAUGGCGAAGCUGCUGGCAUGCACUGUCGAUGAUUGCCCGCUGCUGCAGGCAAGGGAGGUGGUGAUCUAUGGUACAGCGAACCUGGACGAAGGAGAGCGUGUGCCUUGGAGCAGGAGGAUGGUGGGAUAG